CGAUCGCGCAGGCGGACUUUGAACAACCUCGAGAAAGCGAACUACCUUCUGGCGGUAAAAUGCAUGAUGCACAAGCAGCCGACGCUGAGCAUCUAUGCUACCGGGAUCACGACGCGGUGGGAAGACUUCAUCUGGACACACCAGCGUGUGAUGCCCAAGAUUCACUACGUCGGACAGUUUCUGCCGUGGCAUCGGCUCUUCCUCUACGAGUACGAGCGCGCUCUGCGAGAGGAGUGCCUGUACUUCGGAGGUGUUCCGUAUUGGGACCAAUCGAAAGACUACCAAGACAUCCUCGCCUCUCCCGUCCUCAACGGCGAGCUCUCCUUCGGCGGUAACGGCGCGUACGACGCCAACGCGACGCAAUCGCGACUACCGGACAUGCCGGUGUUCAACUACACCGGUGGCGGCUGCAUAAAGAACGGCGUGUUCAAGGAUGAAGUCAUCCACCUCGGAAAUAACAACGACAGCUCGUACCACGAGCGGUGCAUCAAGCGCAAUAUCAUCCGUGAGCCCGCGCAGCUGUGGCAGAAGCCGAGCCGCGUGGCAGACGUCCUCGCGAAACCUAACUUCGAGGAGUUUGCUGUCUCGCUCGAGGGGAAUCUCGACUGGACGGGCGAUUUCGGCAUCCACAACUCGGGGCAUCUGACGAUUGAAGGCGACAUGAUCGAUACCUGGAUCUCACCCAGCGACCCUUUAUUCUACGUCUUCCACGCCAACAUCGACCGGAUCUGGUGGAAAUGGCAGCAGCAGAACCCCCCGGCAAACCUUUUCGCCGUUGGAAACCCCAUCUCCCCAAGGCUGCCCUUGUUUGCCACCAUGUGGUCCGAUGCCCCCGCCGGGAACGUCACGCUCGACUUUAAGCUCGACCUCGGCCCGUUGGCUGGUGAAAGGCUGACGGUGAAGACGGCGCAAGUGUUGGAUACGCGCGGCUCUACGCCUGAGGGAUAUGCGGAGGGCGUGAAUUGCUAUACGUAUCAGUAG